AGAGAGGGUUGCCCUAUUGCAGUCUCCAUCGCUAAGCACACGGCCUUCAGUGCUCCGUGCGACCUUGCCACCUCCCAGUCCCUAAUCAACUACAGGUAGGAAACUUUAGGGUUUGUUUCCCUUCCUGCUGUUAUCCAAGCAAACUGUCGUCUUCGGAACGUGAAACUGAAAAUCUGUUUGUCAUAUAAUCAACUUCAAUCAUCUCUGCUUUGAUUGAAGCAGAACUUUGAAGCACCAGAUUGAAAAUCACCAUAUCGUUUCUAGAAAAAAGCGAGAUAUGAGUAAGGCAAUGGAAGAGGGAGGAACUAAACCGGAUGGAGUGAAGAAGCCGGUAUUCCUCACGAAAGCCCAGAGAGAACAGUUGGCUCUCCAGCGCCGCCAGGAAGAAAUUUCCGAGCAGAAGCGCCGUGCCGAGCUUCUUCUUCAACAAGCCGAUCGCCCUUCUAAUGAAGCAGCCUCAUCAUCUAAAGACAACAAUAGGUCCUCUUUCGAUCACGAUCGCGACCGUGACCGGGAUGGUUACCACCGCUCCUCCCGUGAUAAGGAGAGGGACAGGGAGAGGGAUCGUGAGAGGGAUAGAGAGCGUGAAAGAGACAGGGAACGAGAUUCAGAGCGUAGGAAGCGUGAAAGGGAAAGGGAGGAUGAUGCCAAGGAACGGGAGCGUGCUCGAUUGGAGAAAGCAGCUGAACGAGAGCGUGAGAAGGAGCUCGAAGCCAUCAAGGAGCAGUACUUGGGAUCUAAGAAACCUAAGAAACGAGUCAUAAAGCCUAGCGAGAAGUUUCGGUUUUCAUUCGAUUGGGAGAACACCGAGGACACCUCCCGUGAUAUGAACUCACUCUAUCAAAACCCGCAUGAGGCUAGACUGCUCUUUGGCCGCGGUCUUCGAGCUGGAAUGGACAGGAGGGAACAGAAGAAGCUGGCUGCUAAGAAUGAGAGGGAGAUUCGAGAAGACAUCCGGAAGAAGGAUGGGACUGAGGAGACAGCGGUUGAAGCAGCUGCUCUCAGGAAAAAAGAGCAGGCAGCUGAUUUGUAUGACACAUUUGACAUGAGGGUGGAUCGCCACUGGUCUGAGAAGAAGCUUGAAGAAAUGACAGAGAGAGAUUGGAGGAUCUUUAGGGAGGAUUUCAACAUCUCCUACAAAGGUUCAAAGAUUCCCCGCCCCAUGAGGAGCUGGAAAGAGAGCAAGCUAACCACGGAGCUGCUCAAGGCUGUCGAGAGGGCUGGCUACAAGACCCCAUCUCCCAUUCAAAUGGCUGCAAUUCCCCUUGGACUUCAGCAGAGGGAUGUGAUUGGUGUUGCUGAAACUGGUUCUGGUAAAACUGCAGCUUUUGUUCUUCCUAUGUUGACUUAUAUCUCAAGGCUUCCUCCCAUGAGUGAAGAAAAUGAUGCAGAGGGACCAUAUGCCGUUGUUAUGGCGCCCACACGAGAACUAGCCCAACAGAUAGAGGACGAGACUGUUAAAUUUGCGCAUUAUUUGGGCAUCAAAGUUGUUUCCAUUGUUGGUGGGCAGUCUAUUGAAGAACAGGGUUUGAGGUUUCGACAGGGUUGUGAGGUUAUCAUCGCGACCCCCGGUCGACUCAUUGAUUGCCUGGAGAGACGAUAUUGCGUUCUCAACCAGUGUAAUUAUGUCGUGCUUGAUGAGGCUGACCGUAUGAUUGAUAUGGGUUUUGAACCACAAGUUGUUGGUGUGCUGGAGGCCAUGCCAUCUAGCAACUUGAAGCCAGAGAACGAGGAUGAAGAGCUUGACGAGAAGAAGAUUUACAGAACCACAUAUAUGUUCAGUGCUACCAUGCCCUCUGCUGUAGAAAGGCUUGCAAGAAAGUACUUGAGGAACCCAGUUGUUGUUACCAUCGGAACAGCUGGGAAGGCAACCGACCUCAUCACCCAGCAUGUCAUAAUGGUCAAGGAAUCUGAGAAGUCUUAUAGGUUGCAGAAAUUACUGGAUGAACUUGCCGACAAGACAGCUAUCGUGUUUAUCAAUACCAAGAAACAAGCUGAUUUUGUGUCCAAGACCUUGGACAAGGCAGGCUACAAAGUGACCACAUUGCAUGGUGGCAAGUCACAGGAACAAAGGGAAAUAAGCCUGGAAGGGUUUCGAACAAAGAGGUAUACCGUUUUGGUCGCAACAGAUGUGGCUGGACGUGGGAUUGAUAUACCGGAUGUGGCACAUGUGAUUAACUAUGAUAUGCCCAAUAGUAUUGAAGGAUACACCCAUCGUAUCGGGCGAACCGGGCGUGCUGGUAAGACCGGUGUCGCGACCACGUUUUUGACACUUCAAGACAGCGAAGUCUUCUAUGAUCUUAAACAAAUGCUCAUCCAAAGCAACAGCCCCGUCCCUCCUGAACUUGCUAGGCACGAAGCUUCGAAGUUCAAGCCAGGAAGUAUUCCCGACAGACCUCCCCGAAGGAAUGACACUGUUUUUACUCAUUGAACUUAUUCUAACAGUUUUACAGUAAGAUACUAAGGAGAAUUGGAUGCAUGACCUGGUGGGACCCCCCUUUGCUUCUGCUCUUUCAUCCUGGUCUUGAGAACUAUGCUUAGAAUGUUCAUCUUGCAACUUUACAAUUAUGGAUCUCAAGCGAGCCCCAUUUAGGAAUCGAACAGUAGAGCACAAGGCAUUCGAGACCACUUAUGCUGUGGUUAAUUUCAUGACAAGUUUUUUAUUUCCAACACAAUGCUUGAAGAAACAUAUUUUUUAUUAUUUCUGUAAACAACCAGAAGAACAACCCAAGUGAAUCCCCAAGAGUAGGUUCUAGUAAACACUUUGGGAGGAGCUUUGGUGGACUAUCAAGGGGGUACUGACACUGGAUGGUAGUUUCGUACCGUCUAAUGGUAACCGGCUACCGCCAUAGGCGUGGUUUCGAGCUGAAGAUGUUUUCGG